AUGGCUUUUCGGCUCGAGGUCCCGGACGAGCUGCCCGCCGCCUGCCUCCCCCUGUGCUGGCCGCCCAACCCUGCCGAGCUGUUCUGCGAGGCGCGGCGCCUGGCACUGGUGGAGCUGGUGGCGGGCGGCCCCGAGGCCUUCGAGGCGUUCCUGCGGCGCGAGCGCCUGGACCGCUUCCUGAAUCCCGACGAGGUGCAGGACGUGCUGCGCGCGACCAUGCGGCUUGGCGGGGAGGGCGCGGCGGCGGCGGCUGCCAAGGACUCAUUCGGCUCGUCGCAAGACUGCUCCUCGGGCACAUACUUUCCCGAGCAGUCGGACCUGGAGCCGCCGCUGCUGGAGCUCGGCUGGCCCUCCUUUUACCGGGGCGCAUACAGGGGCGCCACGCGCGUCGAGGCGCACUUCCAGCCCCGCGGCGCGGGCGCCGGCGGCCCCUAUGGCUGUAAAGAUGCGCUGCGCCAACAGCUGCGCUCCGCGCGAGAGGUGAUUGCCGUGGUGAUGGAUGUGUUUACAGACAUUGACAUCUUCAGAGACCUGCAGGAAAUAUGCAGUAAACAGAGAGUGGCCGUGUACAUCCUUCUGGACCAGGCUCAGCUGCCCCACUUUCUGGACAUGUGCAUGGAUCUGAAAGUACAUCCUGAGCAGGAAAAGCUGAUGACAGUGCGGACUGUUACAGUUAGCAUCUACUAUGCAAGGUCAGGAACCAAAAUUUUUGGGAAAGUUCAUGAAAAGUUCACGCUGAUUGAUGGCAUUCGAGUGGCCACAGGCUCUUACAGUUUUACAUGGACUGAUAGCAAAUUAAAUAGCAGUAACUUGGUAAUUCUGUCCGGCCAAGUGGUUGAACACUUUGAUCUGGAAUUCCGGAUCCUAUACGCCCAAUCAAAGACCAUCAGCUCCAAACUGCUAUCCAACUUCCGGUUCCACGGCCGGUUUGACCACCUGGCAGACCAGAGGCCGUUAUCCAAGGAGCUCACGCUGGACAACCUGCUGCACAUGCGCCUGGACAAACUCUCCAGCACGCCCAAGAAGACACCCCUGGGCCCCGGGGCGCCUGUGUGUGCCGGGGAGGAUGCUCGGCGCCAGGACUCGGAGGCUUCCACCAUCAGCGAGGAUGACUACCUGCACAGCCGCCAGGACGAGCUGGAAGGCAGCCAGGGGGUCCAUGUCUCCACCCAAACUGAGCCAGGAGAGGAGCUGGCCGCGGUGAGCAUGAGUGAGGCGGGGACGCAGACCAGCUCCAGCACUGCCUGUGUGGGGACCCAGACCGCGGAGGCCACCAGGGCCGUGAGCUCCCAGACUGUGCUGUGGGCCAGGGAAGCCACCACGCAGACGGACACUGAAGACAGCUGCCUCCCUUCCCACGGAUCCCAGUCCAAAGACGGGUCACUGUCAAAGAUGUCUGUGUCCAGGUCAUCCAGUUUGAAGUCAUCCUCCUCGCUGUCUUCCCAAGGUUCUGUGGCCAGCUCCAUUGGCUCCCACACUUCCCUGAGAACCACCGACCUCCACAAUCCGGGGUACCCCAAUUACCUGGGCACCCCACACCUGGAUCUAUGCCUGAGGGACUCGCUGAGAAACUUGAAUCAAGAGCAACAGCAUCACCUGACCGGCAUCAGGUCUCGGCUCAACCACAUGCUGACCAUGCUCUCCAGGAGAACGAUCUUUACUGAAAACUACCUUAGCUUUAGCUCCGGAAGUUAUACCCGAGCCACUGUGAAUUUGGUUGCCAUUAGAGAUGUCCCUCUCUUUCCUGCCCACCAAUGAGUGACUCUGGGUCCCAGUACCUGCGGUAGG